AUGGGUAGUUCCGGACCUAGUGCGUCUACCUCUGUGUGUACUUUCAAUAUUGAUCCUUCUUCUCCAUUGUUCCUCUCAUCUUCCGAUGUUCCUGGUAUUUCCCUCACUAUACCAUUCUCAGGGGUUGGAUUUGGAGGAUGGAAACGCAAUAUGAUAGUCUUCUUAUCUGCUAGAAAUAAAAUAGGAUUCAUUGAUGGGUCAUGCAUCAAACCUCCUGAAAACUCUCCUCAAUAUAGACAAUGGGAUCGUUGUAAUAAUAUGGUCAUUUCAUGGUUCACUCAUUCUUUGUCACCUGAUAUUGCUGAAAGUGUACAGUACUCAGAAACAGCUGAAAGUAUAUGGAAACAACUUAAUAAUAGAUAUGGGGCUGUAAAUGGGACCAAGGUUUUCGAAUUAAAAAGGCAACUUGCCUCCACUUACCAAGAAUCUCUUGAUAUUGCCUCUUAUUUCAAUAAACUCAAGAAGCAAAAGCAAUUCAAUCCUCAAGCUCAACAAAGACAAUUUCAUCAAAGAGUAACUUUUGAUCAGUCUAGAAAUGCUGCUUAUUGCAAGUAUUGCACGAAACCUGGGCAUAUGGUUGAAAAUUGUUACAAACUCAUUGGGUUCCCCUCCAAUUUCAAGUUCACCAAAGGAAGAAAGGGAGCAGCCAAUAUGGUUGAAAAUUCUGAUCUUCCUUAUUCUGAAUGUGUUCCUGCUACUCAGCCCACACAACCUAGUGUUAGUCAACAUGAUCAUGGAUCUGGGCAAGCUCAUAUGUCUGAUUCUGGAUCUUCACUCAAUAUCAUAGCUUCUGCUAACUUUGCUGGUACAUACUUGCCUAAAAAUGUAGCAUAUAGUUUUAAUUCUGCCUUGCUGACUCAGUCUGAUUCCUUAACUUGGAUAAUUGAUUCUGGUGCUUCUGACCAUAUGACAUCAAAUAAAGAUUUCCUUAUUAACAUCAAACCACUACCAAUUCCUUUUCUAGUUUCCCUUCCAAAUGGUUAUAAGGUCAAAGUUACUUGUACAGGGUCUUUUGUACUAACUGAUUCUAUUAUCUUACAGAAUGGCCCUUCUCUGAAGAAGCCUAUGGAUCUUGGUAAACUGGAUAAUGGUCUAUACAAGUUCAUUUGGGAAAAACCUUCUCAAUCUCAGAGUAUUUUGCCUUCUGCUCACACUAGUAGCUUAUCAUCUUUGUGCACUUCUAGUUCUCCUUUCUCUCUUGUACAAACUGUUUCUUCCACAUGUAAUAAAGCUACUAUAAAUGACAUGGAUUGUGUCUGGCAUAACAUGCUUGCACAUGUUCCUUUUGCUAAAAUGAAAUGUAUUUCUGAAAUUUCACAUGUUAUCUCAUAUGUUCAGUCUUUCCCUUGUGAUAUUUGUCCUAUGGCAUGGCAGACUAGAAUUCCCUUUCCUGAUAGCUCUAUUCAUACCUUUAAGCCUUUUCAAUUGAUUCAUGUUGAUAUUUGGGGAUCCUAUCACACUCCCACUUAUUCUGGUUCUAGAUAUUUCCUUACAAUUGUUGAUGAUUUCUCUAGGAGUACUUGGAAUCAUCUUCUGGAAUCCAAGAGUAAUGCCUUUUCUCUUUUGAAGGCAUUUGUUGCAAUGGUUAAGACUCAAUUUCAUGUAACUGUAUAA